UUGGAGGAGCAGCUAAGCCAGAAGAAAGAAGAGCUCGAGCGGAUCAGGGCAGUGCUGGAGCAGCAGGAUCAUGUGAUCAAGGAGAAGGAGAGAAGCAUUAAGUUACUGGCCAGCUCCAGAGCUCAGCUGGAGGAGCAGCUCUGCCGGGACACCACCACAGAGGCCAGGCCGCCGUCCAGGCGGAGCAGCGGGGCUUUGCACGAUGCUGCGGUGAACACCGACCUCUCGCAGGUAACCGGCGCCAAGCAAGCCCAUGACAAAGGCAUCAAUGUAAAUAUCCCAGUCUCCACCAAAUCCAUAGGCUGUAGUGUUCACGGAGCGGAUGACGUGGACAGGCAGGGAAGAGAACUCAGGUCGGAUCGGGGACUGGCAGGCACUUGCACCGGACCCGGAGACUUCGGUGAAGCCAACACUGAGGCCGGCCUUCAUGCACCGUGCUUCACCCAACUGAAGAUUGAUGAGCACCUCAGCGAUGACAAUCAAAAUCACAGGCAUAACUACGACACCCAGAGCCUCGCUGCUCAGGCGGUGGCUGCAGAAAGCUCUCGCGGAACAAGAAUUGGCUCAAACGCAGGAGAAAACAAGGCUGGCUUUGGCGAAGAUAAACCUCAAGAUGGGCGAGAAGAGGAAGGGCCCCCUGACCACGAGGAUCUCCCUGCUGUUGACCCCAUCAGCCAAUACGUAAAAAAAAUCCAGGAGCUUUUGCAGGAGCAGUGGCUGUGUCUGGAGCACGGCUACCCCGAGUUAGCGAGCGCGAUUAAACAGCCGGCCUCCAAGCUCAGCUCCAUUCAGAACCAGUUAGUUAAUUCCUUAAACUCACUGCUGUCUGCCUACUCUACGCAAGGGCCCGCGGACAAGGAGAACUCCAACACACACUAUCAACAGUUGGAAAUCUCUCCAGCAACAAGUCUUAAAUCUAUCAUGAAAAAGAAAGGUUAUGGUCCCCAUGCAGGAGGCAAUGGGACCAAAAAGAAUCUUCAGUUUGUUGGGGUAAAUGGUGGCUACGAAACAACUUCAAGCGAAGACACAAGUUGUGAAGACAGCCCAUCGGACGGGGACGUGGAGAGCGAGACGGAGAGAAGAGCCGACGACUUGGAGCCCAUGGAGGAGAAAGCUGGAGAUGAAACUGAGGGGGCUUCAUCGGGGACCUCCUCGCAGGAGAGAUGUGAGGAUGAUGACCUGCAGGAGCCGUCGGCGGCAGCAGCACCUUGGCCUCAACAGAAUGCUGACAGAUGCGAACCCUCUGAAGAUUUCCUUGCCGACUGCCAGCUACUCAGCAAGCACCUCUCAGAAAUCAGGACCACGAGCGACAAGCAUUUGCGGCAUGUCCUGAGCACCGUCUGCCAGGAGUGGUUCCGGGUGUCGAGCCGCAAGUCUUCCAGCGCGGAGGUGGUUGCAGCAUACCUCGAGGCACUGGAGGCCAUCCAGCCCCAGCUCCUGGCAAUGGUGGUCAACCUGGCCGACAGGAAUGGCAACACGGCUCUUCACUACAGCGUUUCCCACUCCAACUUCCUGAUUGCAAAGCUCCUGCUAGACACAGGCGUGUGCCGCCUGGACCUGCAGAACCGCGCCGGCUACACGGCCGGAGGCCAAACUGCCCUGAUGCUGGGGGUCAGCCACGAGCGGGAUGACAUGGUGCGAGCCCUCCUCUCCUGCCAGGCCGAUGUCAACCUGCAGGACGAGGAGGGGAGGACGGCCCUGAUGGUGGCCUGCCGCCUGGGCAACACCAACAUCGUCAGGCUCCUCCUGGCCCAGCCCGGCUGCCAGGUCGCGCUGACGGACAAGGGCGGUAACUCGGCCCUGUCGCUGGCCCAGCGUGCUGCCCACGGGGACAUCGCAGCGCUUCUGCGAGCCCACGCCGAGCAGAGCCCGUCCCUCUCCGCCUGA